AGUGUUUCUUCUUCUCUUCAUCUUAAUUCAUAGUACUAGCUAUUUGUGUUGCAAUUUCUUUUGAGUUCAUUUUAUGAUAUUUAUUUAUUUUUAAUUUUUUUGAUUUUGCUCAUACCUUAAAGCUGAAGACCAUGGAAUUGGAACAUCAUACAAUAAGCAAAUAUAGCGAGGCUAAUGUGUUUCUAAAGAAAGUGAUGGAUCAAAAAGAGGAGAUGCUUCAACAGUUUAUCAAGGAAAUCAGCAAGGUACAGCAGGUUGAACGCGAUUAUCUGGAGAGCAUGUCGAAGGAUUAUGAAAAAGCCAUUCUUCAACUAGAAGCUCGGAGGAAUGAGCUUAUGUCACGUGAAAAGGAUCUGCAGAAGGGUCAAGAAGAUAAUUACAUCGAGAGAAAUAAGCAAUAUUUUCAGACGGGCCAUAAUGACAUGGCAAUAGCAGAGCAACACAGGGCCGAUGAAAAAAUGAUGUAUUUGGCCGAAGAGCAUAAGGCACACAUUUCGUUUUCCUUUUAUCUACAGUAUUUAGUUCAGUUAAUGUAUCAAACUUAAGUUUUGAGAACUCUUUUGGUUGGAUGAUGCAGAAAGAAAAAGAGAAACUUCACAAGAAAAUUCAUGACCUGGAGAGAGGUCUUGGUGCAAAACAAACAUUGGAAUUGGAACGGCUGAAAGGAGCUCUCCAGGUAAUGAGUCACAUUCGAGAGACUGAUCUAGAAGAGAUGAAAAAAUUGGAGGCAAUCAAAAUGGAGCUGCAUAAAAAGAAAGAGGAAUUGGAGGGCGUGAUACAUCCUCAACAAGCACUGGUUGUUCAAGAGCGCAAAACUAAUGACGAGUUGCAAGAUGCCCGCAAAAAAUUGAUAAGUUGGAUUGGAUGCCCAAAGAAGGCUCCUCGAGCCAUAAUUUCUGUGAAAAGGAUGGGAGAACUUGAGAUUAAGCCAUUUUUGGAAGCAGCUAAGAGAAAGUUUUCUGAUGAAGUGAAUGAGAAAAAAGCAACUAAGGCACAACUUCGCGAAAAAUGGCAAUUGAAAGCAAUCGAGUGGUGCUCUACGUGGGAUGACUGUCUUAAAGAUCCCAGCUGGCAUCCGUUCAAAGUUGUGACUGAUAAAGACGGGAAAUCCAAGGAAAUUUUAGACGGAGAAGAUGAAAAGCUAAAAAGUUUGAAGGAUGAGUUCGGGGAUGAGGUGCAUGAUGCAGUAGCUACAGCUCUGAAGGAGUUAAACGAGUGCAACCCUAGUGGUAGGUACCCAAUACCGGAACUCUGGAAUUUUAGGGAAGGAAGGAAGGCCACGUUGAAGGAGGGUGUUUCCCAUUUAAUUAGGCAAUGGAUAUUAAAUAAGGGAAAGAAAACUUAUUGAGGCUUCAUUUGGGCGGUAAGAACUUAGAGUUAGGCUUAUAUAUGCCAAAAAUUUAAUUUAAAUUCUAACUCUAACAGACUUUGGUACAACUCAAUCAUAUUGCCAAUGGUUGGUGGUGAUACUUCGUAUGAUUGUUAUAUAUAAUUACUAGAAUAUAA